CUCUCGUUCAGUCCAUUGCGAUUUCUUGAGCUUUGUGUAUCGUGCGUCGUCGUCGUCGUCUGUUUCCCGUGAUCCAGAUUAGCGCCUCAAGCGCAUAAAAUUCGCUAAUAAACGCGACGAUCGAACGCUCGCACUGUGUCUUUGUCGGUUGUUAGGGAGUUCGUGAUUUUGUGAUUGGAAAAUACGCGAGUGAGUGUGGCGAAGAACAAUAAACAUGUGAUGUCAGCCGCCUGCAGAAAAAAGUGCUCUUCUGACAAGGCCUUUGAAAGGAGGCAGUAGUUCGUGUUUUGUCUACGAAAGGAAGAAGGAAAAGGUCUGAAUCAUCUGUUGAAGACUUUGUUGGGAUUUUGUGAUUUUUUUUAUUGAAGUGAAGUGGUGCUGUCCUGUUAUCAGUUGUUGCCUCCCUGGAAAUUUGUUCAUGCCGGUCGUGUGAUAGACAACCUUAUGAAGAAUACGUGGCCGAGGGUUGUGAAUUGCAAAUGGUGCUAUCAGUUGUAAUCGGGAAGGUUAAAUUAGUGCUAUGAAGAAUAUAUGUUUCUAAAAGCAAAGUAUGUUAAAUAACCAAAUAAGUCGUCAGGUAUUCCAAGUUGAUAAAUAGUGAUGAUGCAGUGAAUAAAUUGUUGGAACAAAGUGAAGGGGUUUGGUGAAUCACGCUCGACCGAAGGUGAAUAGCGAUAAGCCAACACACAUAAAAAAGUGAAGAAGACAUCAUUACCAAGCAGAGCUGAAUCAAUGCAUCAAGAGACGGGCAUUCCGUCAGCCAAACAGUUUGCGAGAACACGAAACGAAGAUAAAUGAGCAAGAACAUGAAGCGGCAGCUGGAAAAGUUUAAGGAAGAGAUCAAGUCGAACUUGACCAGGUCCAACAAAGCGGAGAAGAAUGCUGACGGUCUGCAGGAAAUCGAACGGGAGGUCGACCGGUACAAAGACAUCCUACAGAACCUCAUCAAACGGGUAGCGACAACCGUGUCCGCCGGUCAACCCCAAGAUGCCGUUGCCAAAGACAAACGAAUACGCAAGGUGGCUGAGUUCCAGCUCGGACAGCUGAUGGAAGAUUCGGUCAAAGAUCUACCCUCCGGUUUGCUGCGGGACGUUCUCGACAGGAGUGCUCGCCUGGAAAAGACCAUCGCGUCGGAAAUUGUUAACAAUGAGGUCAACAUAGAGAAUUCGGUCAGCAAAAAUCUGAACGACAUCAUCGAACGGCAUUUGGCUACGAUCCAGAAGCAGAAGCGAACCGUUAGCAAGUGUCAUCAGGAGUACGAGGCGACGAGGCAAAAGUAUGAUUCUGCCCAUCGCAACAGUGACCAGCCUGGCAACCAAGCCAAACUCAGCCAGCUGAAGGAUGAUCAGGAGGAGCUGCACAAUAAGCUGGAGAAAGAGCGAGACCUCUACGAGUCCUACAUGUACGAAUUGUUGGCCGAGGAGGAGAACAUUGCCAACUACGUGAAAGAGUACGUCAAACAUCAGGAACUGUACUAUACCUCAGCUCUCCGGGAAAUCCAUGGCACCAUCAAGAGCAUGGAUGGAUUGUUUAGGCGGAACAACAAACAGAUCUUCCACACACCGCUGCACGAGCACCUGAAAGCGACGGAUCGUAAAAUCGCUUACGUUAUCGAGCUUUGCGUUUGCUGUUUGCUGGAGAAAGGCCUCUACGAGGAGGGGCUAUUGCGGGUUGGCUGUGCAUCCUCAAAACUACGACGGAUGAUAUCUGCUAUCAAUGCCAACUAUGUAACUCCUCCAUUGCCGGAUAAGUACGCCGAUCCCCACGUAAUUGCUGGAGUUCUAAAGAAAUACCUACGGAGUCUGCCCGAUCCUCUGUUAACAUUCGAGUUCUACUCUGACUUUGUGGCGGCUGCUCAGAAACAAAAUGAAACCCAGCGAAAGGCAGCGAUUCUGAACAUCAUCAACCAGCUCCCGAAAGAAAAUUAUAACAACUUGCGAUACCUCACCAAAUUCUUAUCCUAUUUGUCGGAGAAAAAUCAGGCGAACAAAAUGUCCCCCCAGAAUAUUGCAAUUGUUAUGUCACCCAAUCUUCUGUGGUCCCCAAAUGAAAACGAAAACUACAUCGAUCAAGUGAACAGCACGGCAACUGUGAAUACCAUUGUUGAAGCGUUGAUCGCAGACUGGGGUUUCUUCUUCGAUGGUGAUGUAAAUUUCUACGUUAGCAUGACUAGGGACUCGCUUUUUCCGGACAACGGAGGGUUUCCGGUGGACAAAGACUUGCCAGUACGAUAUGUUCCUAAUGAGAUGAUGUCGCGAUCGAUGAUAGUAACGACAACCGCGGGCAGUCAAGACGAGGUACGGUAUUAUAACAGUGGGGGAGGAGGAAGCGGCGGUGGCGGUGGAGGAGGCGGAAUAUACACCAACAGCUCCCAGAAAGCGUCUACAUCACAUUCCCGCAGCAGUAGUCACGAUACUAGUCUUAUUCUAAUCAACAGCAACGAUCAGCUCAACAAACACCGGAGUCAGUCGAACAGCUCCCUAUCGGAUCAUUCCAGUCCGCCACAGGAAAGUAGUCCAAAGCCCACGGUCCGGAGGAAACACAACAAACAAGCUGCCCCAACGCCUCCGGACAGUCACCACAAAAACAGCGGCAGCGGCAGCAGCAACAAUAGCAAUAACUCCAGGGAAUUCAGCAACAAACUUCAGUCGAGUUCAUACUUCAAACAACUGAACAACAACGGGGAUCGGGAGGAUGAAGGAUUCCAAUCGUUGCAGCAUCAAGCGUACAAACAAGCAACCCAGGAGUAUGCCAACGAUCGACAAACGAUGAUCCGUGCCGAGAGUCACGAUAAUCUACUGAAGUUCAAGUCACCGUCUCCGGUGGUGGCAGCCGCCAGUGUGGGGGACAAAAUUCCGCCUCCCAGACCGGUGGCAGUCAACAUCGGAGAUAGUCAGACGCUGAACCGAAGCAAGGGUCAGCACAACCUGCACCAACAGCAUCAGCACCAAAACAACAAACAACCAAAUGCCCCCAAUUGUGAUACUUCUAGCAGUAUAGGUAAUAAAGAAAAUAAGGAAAAUCAUCACCGGCCGACGUUUCCGCUGCCGGUAAAACCGGUGGCCCUGCCGAGGACAACAAUAGUCAUAGCAAAGACGCCCACCCCAACUGGACCGGGCCCGCAUUCGAGCAGCACUGACGACGAUAGCAGCUCCACAUCACAAGCCGCAAUUCGCGAAAAACCUGUCAUCCCGGAACGACCUGCUAUCUUAUUACGGCCACAGAGCUUCAAAGGCUCCAUCCCGGAGAUAUCCAAAGUGAGCGAGGGAACCAACACACUAAUCAGUGCGGGUACAUCUAUCAAAAAAGCUCAAAGCUUUCGGGGCGAAACAUGCACGGGUUCCAGCAAAGAAAGCGGUUCAACAGUUCUAGAGAGAGCCCAAAUGUACAACAUCGACAAACAACAGGUCGCAUUUAUCGAUGUAGCGGACAAACCAUCAUCAGGUGAUGAGAAAGGCAAAACUAAAGACAAGCCACCAUCCCUGGUGGCCACGGUUCCGGAGGGUGUUCCGCCCCUAGCGAUGAUGGAAUCCACCGGAUCUCUUGGUAGCGACAUCCAAUCACCGACGGGUACGGGUGGUCUGCCGGAACUAACGGCGGACUUGACGUCCAGCGCAACAACAACCAUAACUAGUCUCCAGCAGGUUCCGCAAUCGCCCCGCGGAUUCGAUCAGGCCAAAAUCAAGCGACCUCAAGUUCCGGCUCCACCGCCACCGGUUGGACGACCUAAAUCGUCCGACUCGACGGACUUAUAACAAAGUGAACUUUUGAUUUAACGCGCGAAACCACGCACGCGGAAGUAGAUAUUUGUAUUUAUGUGUAGCACACUGUGUUGCGUAGGUACGUGGAUAGGAGAAGUGAUUAGCAAUAAUGCGUUUAUGCCCAAGUGAAUUUUGGAUUAUUUGUUGAGUUUGGAGAUGUAACCAUUAGACUUCUUCAAUAUGAGGAUGUGCAUCUAAGGCUGGGACACAAAAUGCUGAACAAUUAUAAGGUUGAACAUGACAUAUUGAAAUAAUUAAAAUAUGAAAGGCUACGAACCCCAGCAAUUUAAAAACAUUUUGGAUCAGCAAGAAACCAAUAGUGCGAUGGUUUUGAGAGUUUCAAUAAUGGGAUGACGUAGAUACCAGAAAAAGGAUUGGAUUUGUUUUCUCUCUCGUCCCCUACAUAAUUAGGAAUCUACCAAUGCGAAUUAUGUAAACUCGGUGGUGCUGCCCAAACAGUCUUUCUUUAUCUUACGACUCGGUCCUUAUAUUAGAAUUGCAUUGCACCAAUUUUUUAUCGAAAGCAGAUUUAUUCGCCUGUGGACUCUGUGGACAAAUGUUAAACAUGAAAAAAUCACACGGACAAUGACCGAUAUUUGCUCAAUUUGACGAUUUGAGCUAAUAAGUGCGUAAACAGCGAACUUUUCUACAUAAUUAACAAUUGGACCGGAAUAGCUUUUGUACCAAAAAGUCGUACGAGAAAAGCUAAAUCCUUUUUAUAAGUCUUCAAAUUUUGUGAUUUUCCUCUGUCAAGCUUAAGCUAUUGAAAUUGAAGCCUCAUUCUCCGAUUUUUCGUGAGAAAAUGCAAGUAUUUAAUAAAAAUUAACCGAAACCAACAUAUUUCGUAAACAAAUCAUUUGUUAAUCUAAUGUAUUUGCGCACUGAUUGGGCUGAACCGCCAUCAGCAGAAGCAGUGUCCCGGCGACCAGUCAAUUUGAGUCACAGACACCGUUUCGUAUACAAUGUCAUCAACCAAAAGCAAUUUCAUCAUCAUCACAUCUCUGUCGCAUCCAUCGCACUAAGUGACUGCAUAAAGCGAACCAUCUGCAUGCGCCGCACAGCGAGAAAUAUGUCAUUCACUUCAAUUUUGAAACAAACACCAACUAUUUCGAGUCAGAUAGCUUUUAAUUAAAUUUUAUUAUUUUAACGUGUUUUCAACGUCCCCUCUUGUGUGUGGCGGUCGGUUUUAACUGAUUUUUGAGACGGUAUCAUUUGUCAGGUACUCUGUUACGAUCGGACGAAGCAACAGGGCAUUCUAAUUGAAUUCAGUAUGGUUGUUAUUUUGUUGCUUCCAAUUUGCGUUGUGCUCUUCACCAUGAACAGGCGUAACUAACUAUCCAUGUUUUAUUAGGGUUCGUCUACUAGCUGUUGUUGAGUUUAUUGAAUAGUAGUGGUGUAACAAAGGUUCGCUUUGUUUCCUUCUUUUGUUUUCUACUUGCAACGAGAACUUGUACACAUCAUUCAUUAUCCGUAUCAGAAGAUAAUAUCAGCAUCAAAGAUAGGCCAAGGAAUGAAAUCAAUAGAUAAUUGAAUAAGAAAGGAGCUUGCUAUGGUAGUUAGUUUGAUAAUGUUAUUGCAGUUUGUGCACCGUUGAUGUAGACUGAAUCCUUGGCAUUCUAAUGUUUGCCAUCAUAGAACAGUGUCGUCGAGGCUUACGACAAUAUCUUCAAUACCAGCAUUGAAUGACUUUGUUAAUUGAUGAGUUGUUUGAUCAUUUUAUCACUUUAAUUGCAUUUGUCUACGGCUUUUAUCAUUGCUAAUCCCGAACGGGUUGAUGAUCGAACGACUCAUCGUCUUCAAUUGACAAGAUUGCUAAUAAAUUACUGAAGUUAUCUUUAAAUUAUCGCUACGUACUCACAUCUAAUCAAUCUUAUACAGUAACAGAACAUAUUCAAUCAUGAAAGUAAUAAACCUGCUUGUUGCCUUAA